AUGGAAUUGCCAAGAGAAGUUAUAAAAUGGUUGCAGCAUUUAAAUCUUCCUUAUUCUUUUAAAAAUAUAAAAAAUGCGAGCAAUGGGAUAAUAAUUGCAGAAAUUAUAAACACAUAUAUGCCUCAAAGUAUCACCAUGAGCAACCUUGAGAACGGAUUUAGCAAAGACAUAAAAAAAAAUAACUGGAAAUUUUUAAAAAAGCAUUUAGAAAGUUUCAAUAUAUUUUUCGAUGAAAUAUCUAUUAUUAACUCCGAUAAAAAUUAUAUUAUAAAUUUGUUCAUCCAAUUAUACGAAUUUUUUAAUGGAAAAAAAUGUCAAAACGAAUAUUAUUGUACGAAUGUAGAGGGUGAGCAUAAUGCCCCAUCCUUUUCGAAGCCUACAAUAACGCAGAAAAUACGAGAAAGUGCUGUACAUGAUAUAGUGGAUACAGACGAAAGAAUGAUGAAAACAUAUCAAAUAGUUAAAGACGCCGAAUACAACAUUGCACUUGAAAAGGAGAAAAAAAAAAGAGAAAAUCAAAAUAAAGAGGAAAAACAAAAAAAAAGAACGGAUUCAAAUGAAACACAUUUAUUUAAUGAAUUUGAAAAAAACUGUAGCAUCAUAACCAUAAAUGAUAUUAGUGAUUAUGUGGGAAAUACCGAUAUUAAAACUCUUGAUUCAUUCAUUAAAGAGAAGGAUAAUUUAAAAUACUUAACCGCAAUGAAUACCUUUAAGGGUAAAAAUUCCAACGAAACAAAACAAACACUAAAUCAAAACUAUGAAGAUAAAAGUGUGGAAGAAAUAAUAAUUACAGUUUUAUCUGAAUACAUUACGGAUUAUGAAAUGAAGGAGGAAAAUGAUAAUGAAUAUGUGGAAGAGCAGAAUAAAAAAAUAAAGGAUAUUGGCAAAUAUCAUAAAUUCAAAUUAUAUGGGGAUACAACUGGGGAUAAUUUAUAUGCAAAUUUUCAAUCCAUUUGUUUUUUAAAAGAAUAUGAUUUAAUAAAGAAGAUAUUAGACACACUGAAACAUUUUAAUGAAAAUUUUUCUAUAUUGCUAUCUUUGCAUCCUGACAAAUUUUUUCACAUAUGGAAGCUAUUUUUUCCAGUGAUAUCUAGCUCUACAUGUGACAACGAAAUUUUUAUCGUAAUUAUGGACUACUUGAAACAGCUUCUAAAUUAUUUAAAUAUAGAAGACUUAACAACUAAAGAAAUUUUGUGCCAUAUUAUUUUAAAAAGCCUUUUCAUUAUUGACAAAGAUGACUACAAGGAUUCCAGAUGCUUUUGUGAAUUGAUAAUUUUAAUAAUAAAAAAUGACAAACACAUUUUAAUGAACAUUUUAAACAUGAUUAAAAAUAAUAUGUCUUUAAAUUUCUUUUAUCUUUACUUAUCUAACCUUUUAAAAUUGUCAACAAAUUUGGUUCUUCAUAAGAAAGAUAUAAAGGACAUUUAUCUGUACUACAUAUUUAUUGGGUUGCAUGCUAAUAAGGAACCAAUUAUAUUAUAUUGUUUGGAUAUGUUAACCACAUUUAGCAUGCACGAAGCCUGCUAUGAUAUACUACCGUUUUCGAGCAUAUUAUAUAACAUUCUCGAAAUGAAGAACAUAAGCUAUUACAUAUUUACUUUUGUUGUAAGCGCUAAUGUUGUUUCUAAAUUAAUGGAAAAUGAUCAGAAUAAUUCUGGAUAUAAUGCUCAUAUUAAUGAGUUUAUAAAAAUAUGCUAUACAAUUUUGGAAAAUACUAAAAGAAAGGAACUACUAUACUUAUUUUUGUUGUAUUCUUACAAAAUAAUAAAUAAGAACGAUGAUAUUUAUGACAUAUAUUUUAUGAAAUAUAGUAAAUUAAGUGAUGAGGAACUCAAAAAUUUUAUUAAAAAUAAUAUAUUUGAAGCAUAUUUAAGAAAUGUUUCAAGUUUUAAAAUAAUUAAAAAAUAUUUUUCUAAUAUCUUCAACAACAAUAUAAACGAAUUAAACAAGAAAUGUAAUGACACCAUUUUUGAUUCUCUAUUAAUCAAGGGGAAGUUGAAAGAAGACCGUUUUUUAAGAAUUUUAAGAGAGUAUAUUAUAUAUUAUGAUAAUAUGGAGACAUCUAAAUAUUUAGAAAUAUAUAAUAAGAUUUUUGAAAAUCUCAUAGAGAACUUAUUUUCCGAUCAGCAUACAACUUUCGAAUUAUCAAAGGAUAUAUUAAAUGUCUUUUGGUUAUCAUCGAAUUCUCAAUUAAAAGUAAAGUAUUUUGAGAUAUCGGCUAACCAUUUUAAAAACAUGCUAUUAUCGAACAAAAAUAAUAUGCAUUCUCACACUAAAGAGUAUAUUCAAAUUUUAGAAAAAGACACAAAUUUAAAGGAAUUGAUGAAUUAA